AUGUCAAUUCAAUCAUUACCACAAGAAUGCGUUUCCCAUAUUUUUGAAAUUUUAAAUGAUGAAAAGGAUGAUAAAAGUCUUUUUUCUUGCUUACAAGUAAAUAUAGAUUGGUGUAUAGGCGUUGUACCUAUAUUAUAUAGAAAACCAUUCGCUAAGGAGCAACAUGAAAGAAGUAAAAGUCGUCGAUCCAAACUUAUCUCAACGUACCUUUCCUGUUUGACUGAGGUAGAAAAGGAUUGUUUUAUGAAGAUUAACGAAAUUCGUGUCUGUUUAAAUACCAAACCAUUAUUUGAUUAUCCGAUAUACCUGGAAGAAUUCUGUAAUGAAUAUUUGGGGGAAAAAAUAAGUAAUUGGAUUAUGCUCAUGAUAAAAAAUAUUUCUUUAAUGGAACAACAACAACUUCUUCAAAUGAUUUCAAGCAAAUUAUAUCCUUUAUUAAUAAGCAAGAGUAAAAACCUUACCUAUUUAAAUAUCGUUAGCGUUAAUUCCGACAUUCCAAACAUUUACACAUUCCUUGCCUAUCCUGGGUUAGAGAAUAUCUCAAGGUUUGAUUUCACAUCUAACGAAAGUGAAUUAUCAAAUAUUACGAGAUUAGUGAAAGAGCUUCCUUCCAGAUGUAAAAAUAUUCGUACGGUCAAUUUUAAUUAUAAGUUAACCACAAAUGAAGAUGGUGAAAUCGCGAUGGCCAAAGCACUCUGUAAACUGAUUGAAACCCAAAGCAACCUUAAUAGAUUGUACUUAAAAUUCAAAGGGAAGGCUAUAAAUCAUAUUAUGAUCGCGUUAAAAUCAAAAUCCCACAGUUUGACGUACCUGUAUCUCAAGAAAUUAAGAUUAAAUAAUGACGCAAUCCAUCCAAUAACGAGCUGUGAGUCGUUAGAAGUGCUUGGAUUUGAAUCAUGUUUCAACACGUCACGAGAAGGUUGUAAAUAUUUUGCGGAUGAUGCAAAGUUUCGCCUCAAAAAAUUGUAUUUGGUGGGAAAUAAGAUCUCAGAGUUCAAAUGUUUAAUAAUACAAGCGGCCGGUCAAUCCUUACAAAGUUUGAUUAUUGAUGAAAUCGAUUCCGACUUAAUCGCGGCAAUACUUUGUUACUGUUCAAAUGUCGAUGAAUUAUUAUUAAUGGCAUCAGAAUACAAAAAUAUCGAUCUUUAUAAUCUUUUAAUGAAAUUAAGAUAUUUGAGAAAAUUAACCCUAUGGUCCACGAACGAGUAUAUUAUGCAAUCUUUAGGAAGUUCUUUACCAGGUUCAUUAAAACAUCUUGGAUUCAUUAAUUCAAGCUGCACGUCUCAUACUUUUGAUCGUUUCUUAAACGAGUGUAAUGUUCAAAUAGAAUCUUUGGAGUUAUUCAAUUUUGUACAUUUUACGCCUAUAAGUGAAUAUGUUAAGGGUCAUUAUAAUCAUUUAAGAGUAAUUUAUUUUGGCAAUAGUUCUGAUAUGAUCAAAGAAGAGCUUUCUGAGAUUGAUAAAAUCAAAGAAUUUGUUAAAGUAAAAUUUAUGGGUAAAGAUUACAAAUGGAUUCCAGAUAAAUUCAUUUGA